UAGACUGUCAACACCGAGGUGGAUUUGUUAUUAUUUUUUUUAAAACUCAUAAUAUAAUGUUGUGUGUUUACAUAUGAAAAUUGUUUAAAUUUCGUUAAAGUGUAUGAUUUAAGAUUUUAUACCUGUCGUUUUAAGUUCAGUGCCUAGGAGCUCCGACCGAGGGUUUCGUAGCCGCGUAUCAUUAUUUUAGUGAGGAACCAAAUGAGAAUUAAAAAUGGACAAUUAUUUCCAGGAGACCAAGAUAAAAGUAGAGGAUGAAAAUAAACAGUCAAUAGAGCAGCUUACCCAAGCAUCUGAGGAAACAACCGAUGAAUAUGCGUAUAAUGACAUCAGUACGUGCCGCAAAACCACAAUGAAAGUUGAGGUAGACGUUUUGGGUAGUAAUCGUUUUGAGUCUGUAAUUGAAAUUGAAGAAAAUUAUCUCUCUGGUACGCCGACGACAAAUCACGAUUUGGACGAAAUAUGUACAUUUGUCUGUGAUUUAUGUAACAAGUCAUUCGCUACCAAAAAGAAAAUGACACGACACAUUACUCUGACGCACAGUGAACACUCAAAAAUCCGGAAUAGCAUUAGAAAACAAGUUGUCAAAAAUAAAUUCAGUGUCAAUGGUACAGGUAAUGAAGCGAAUAAAAAGAUCAAAGGAUCUUCUGCAAAAUCCAUCGUAACAAAACACCAACACGUAAAAACUGGAAAAGGGCCCUACAAAUGUGCCACGUGCUUAAAAUCAUUUUCUCAUAAAUCGAACCUUACUAUACACAAACGCGUGCACACCGGUAAAAAGCCCUAUCAAUGUGUUGUAUGCCUAAGGUCAUUUUCUCAAAAAACGAGCCUCACAAAACACGAACGCGUGCACACUGAUGAAAAGCCCUACAAAUGUGCCAUUUGCUUAAAAUCAUUUUCUCAAAAAUCGAACCUUACAAAACACGAACCCGUGCACACUGGUGAAAAGUCCUUCAAAUGUGAUGUAUGCCUAAAGUCAUUUUCUCGGAAAGACCAUCUCGUAAAACACGAACGUGUCCACACUGGAGAAAAGUCCUUCAAAUGUGAUGUAUGCCUAAAGUCAUUUUCUCGGAAAGACCAUCUCGUAAAACACGAACGUGUCCACACUGGAGAAAAGCCCUACAAAUGUGCAGUGUGUUUAAAGUCAUUUCCUGUUAAAUCAAACCUCAUAACACAUGAACGAUUGCACACUGGUGAAAAGCCCUUCAAAUGUGAUGUAUGCCUUAAGUCAUUUUCUCGGAAAGACUAUCUCGCCGUUCACGAACUUGUCCACACUGGAGAAAAGCCCUACAAAUGUGCCAUUUGUUUAAAAUCAUUUACUCAAAGAGCGAGCCUCAUAACACACGAACUUGUGCACACUGGUGAAAAGUCCUUCAAAUGUGAUGUAUGCCUAAAGUCAUUUUCUCGGAAAAACCAACUCGCCGUUCACGAACUUGUCCACACUGGAGAAAAGCGUUACAAAUGUGCCAUUUGUUUAAAAUCAUUUGCUUAUAAAUCCAACUUCACUAGACACAAACUCGUGCAUGCUGGCGAAAAUCACCACAAGUGACAAUAUUUAUGAUUCAAUCAUAUUCGUCAAAAAUCAAUUGGGAUAUUAUAUUCUAUGGUUCUUUAAGGCCUACAUAAAAUAUAUUUUUAAAUGUUAUAAAUAAGUAAUGGAUAUAAUAUGUAUUUUUUAAUAAUUGUAUUUGUAAGUCAGAUGGUAACUUAACUUAU